CUAACACCAUCCAUCUCCCGUGUUCACGUGAACAAGAACCCUCUAAAUUUGAAUUAGCCUCGCAGCCCGAGGCUCGUAAAAUUUCUCUAGUCGAUCUACAUUCCAAGUGUUGCGGUUGAAGUCCACAAGAUCCGCAAUUAGCCUUGAAAUAUAUAGCUCCUACAUCAAGAGGCAGAUUAAGUGUGCCACACUACCACCAUUCAAUAACCAAGGGGAUCCCUAAGUAUUAGUAUCAUUUCCAUCUCCAAUUCGGUGAUGCACCCCCCUUUGAAUAAGUUCAUGUGCUGCAAGGAUACUCCUCUAACAAAAGAUAAAAGAAUGUCUCACAUGGACAUCAAGAAAAGAAGAUUGAGGAAAAUAUUUGGCCUUAAAUACAUGUGCCACUAAGAAAUCCCCGUAUGGAUACCCUAGGCUGGGAGGUAUCUGAUAAGUCCAUUUUGUACGCACUUAUCUUCUCUAUAUUUAAUGUGUUGUGGUCCAAUUUUGGAUUAAACAAAUUAAUUUCUCAAUGGUUUUUAUAUCUUUUAUUCAUAAUUGCAAAAGUGUACAAAAGUUAUGUCUUGUUGUAAAAAGAAUAAAAAUUGAGUCAAAAGUGGUACAAAAAGUGUAAAAGAUUAUGCAAAUGGAAUACAACGAAUCAAGGAGACAAAAGAUGGUGAAAAUCCUUGAAGUGAAAAAUGUGCAUUCAAAUGUGGGAGUGCACCCCGUCAAAAGAUUUGAGGUCAAACGGAUUGAAAAAGCACCAAAAAGAAAUUGUUUGGAAAGAACAAGAUUGAAUUGAUUCAAAAUUAAUUUGUUUGACCCAAAUUGGUUCGGAAUUUGAAGUCAGCGCAGAAGGAAAUGUUGUUCAGAAUAAAAUUUUGAGCAAGACUAUAUUUUUAGAAAAUAUUUUCGGACCGGGUCAAAAUCCGACCAACCAGGUGUUGCCACGUGGCGCAACCUGACUGGCCGCCCAAGUGUGGCAGCAAUGUAGCAGCAGGCCAGCAGCAAGUGGGUGGAUCUCCAUGAAUUAAAGAAAAAAGAAAGAAAGAAAGAUAGAAAGGAGUUAGUGGAGUGACGCAUGAAGAAACAAAAGAAAUAUACUCCACUCCCAGUCCCGCUAGGGGUACACCACUUGUGUACCCCAUUUGCACACCAUAUACUCCCCCCUCCCUCUCCCUUACCCCCACCCCCCUCCCCUGUUUUUUUCUUUCUCAUCCAAUUUCCGGUUCUUAUCUCUCCAUCUCUCUCCUUCGGUUUUCUUUUUUCUUUUCAAUUUUUUACAAAUCUGAUUCAUCGGACAUCGCUAAUCCUCUGCAGCACCAUAACUCGCUGCUGCCAUAUGUCUUCCCACCCGCCGUCGCCGCUGCUCUGUGUCCUCCCACCUGCCGUCGCUGCUGCUUUGUGUCUUCCCACCCGCCGCCACCAUUGUUGUGGGUCUUCCAACCCACUACCGUCAUAGUCCAUCAAUGACUCGCCAUGAUUUGGGGUAUAAAAUUCACAAUUUUUAAUUCUAUUACUAUAAUUAUUGAAAAAAUCCUGAAAGAAUUCUUUUUUUAGUAAUAAUGAAAGAAUUUUAUGGAUACAAAGUUAUUAAUUGUGAUUACGGUUGUUUAUGAUUAUUUCCAUAAACAUGUGUUAAUUGUAAGAAUUCUGAUUUUUUCUCUCAUAUUUGCUCACCGCCGAUCCACGUUUCUCGACGUCCACUCUCCGCCGGUCCUCCUUUCUCUCUCGCUGCCCAGAAACUGCACGGAGGAGGCUCUCUGUGACCAUGGCUUAAAGUGAUGUUUAUAUAUUUAGUAACAUGUGGAUGUUAUUAGAGAUGAACAUAUUUUACCAAUCAUUUUGGACCAUACAUGUUCGAAGCGGAAGGACGCCCUAAGUCAACAUACGAGAAAAUUACUCGCAAACAAAAGGUAAACAAGAAAGGGUGAUACAAUGCUUAUAACGAAGAUCCAUGUCAAAUGUCAAACAAUCCUUACGAGCAUUUUGGAGUUGGCACUGGAGAAAAAGAAGUUCCAAAUCAAAGGUCAAGCGAGCCUUCCAAGCGUGUUCGAGUUCCAACGCAAGCAUGGGAAGUCCUAGAUGGGGAUGGGAUUUUUGAACUUACCAAUCUGAACCUUUGUUAAGGCUUUCCAUAAGUUCGAAGCUUAUGGUUCCUAUUUUUUGUGUAUAAAUGAUUAUGCAUUAACUCGUGUACUCAUUAAACCUUCACUAGUCUUCUUAACACUAGUCUUCUUAACACUACAUUAAACCUUUACGACAUGAAAUGUCUCUGACGUUGGUUCCAAAAAGAAAUAAAAAAAUGUUUUUCCUUUUGCUACGCCCGGUUCAAGUGGUUUAAAAAUUUUCAUUUUUCGAUCCCACCCGGCCACCCGUUAACAGACUACGGGAAGCGGAUAAGGAAAGAAGUAUUAAUUGACACGUGGCCAACCCGCAGGCAACGUUUGGUUCACGGCGCGGUCGUUCCGAUCGCCGGCGAUCAGCGAGUGCUCGGUAGGAAUUUGAUCCAUUCAAAGGUGUUUUGUUGAGGAAAUGAGUAGUGCUUUAACUGCUGCAGUCUUCAACUGCAACAAUCAUCAAACAUGGAGAUCAUAUCCCGCUUCUUUUGAUUCCUCGUCCACCGGAACAAUCCGUUUCCCGGCGGCUAAAUCGAGCAGGUUUGUUGUAGUUUCCAGGGCAACUGAUUCUUCUUCUACUCCGGACGGGGAUGGGAAGGAGGAGAAGAAGAGGUGGAAGAGGAGGAGGAGGAGGAAGAAGAUUGCAAUCGAGGAGGGUGAGAAUGAGAAUGAAGUUGUCAGUGUUAGCAGCGAGGAUCAAUUGCCGUCUUCUCCUUCAGUUUCCGUCAUACGGAGGCUCGACGAUGUCAAUCCGGUGGGGUUAGGGCGGCGGUCGCGCCAAAUUUUCGACGAGGUGUGGCGGAAAUUCUCCGUAUUAGGUCAGACUCCGUCGCCUAGUACUCUAGCAGGAGAGGAUGGUCCGAUCAGCAAAUUCGCCAUUCCAUUGGCUCAGAACACCACCGUCCUUGUUGUGGGUGCCACCAGCCGCGUCGGGCGGAUCGUGGUCCGGAAGCUCAUGCUCAGAGGCUACAGAGUCAAGGCUCUGGUGAGGAAAGCAGAUGAAGACGUGAAGGAAAUGCUUCCGAGGUCUGUGGAGGUUGUAGUUGGGGAUGUGGGUGAUCCUUCCGCUCUCAUGAAUGCCGUUCAAGGCUGCAAUAAAAUCAUCUAUUGUGCAACUGCUCGAUCCACCAUCACAGCGGAUCUCAAUAGAGUUGAUUGUCAGGGGGUGUACAACCUUACCAAAGCUCUCCAGGACUAUAAUCACAAGCUUGCACAACUGCGGACAGGGAAAAGCAGCAAAAGCAAGCUUUUAAUCACAAAAUUCAAGUCCAAAAAUUCAUUGAAUGGGUGGGAAGUCCGUACGGGGACAUAUUUCAAAGAUGCAGUUGCUACUAAAUAUGAUGGAGGGAUGGAUGCAAAGUUUGAGUUUACUGACACAGGAGAAGCUGUUUUUUCAGGGUAUGUUUUUACAAGAGGAGGGUAUGUUGAAUUGUCAAAAAGGCUUUCACUUCCUUUGGGGUACACACUUGACAGGUAUGAGGGCCUAGUGUUCUCUGUUGGCGGGAAUGGGCGGCCGUACAUUUUAAUUCUUGAAGCUGGUCCUUCAGCAGAUACAAUUCAAAGCAAAAUCUAUUUUACAAGAAUCAACACAAAAGCAGGGUUUUGCAGGGUGAGAGUUCCAUUUUCUUCCUUCCGUCCUCUGAAACCAGAUGAUCCACCAUUGGAUCCAUUCCUUGUACAUACAUUAACUAUUCGUUUUGAGCCAAAAAAGCAGAGACAACAUGAAGGAUCUAAUGUGGCGAAACAAGACUUGAGAUGCUUUCAAUUAAUUUUGGAAUAUAUUAAGGCUUUGCCUAGUGGACAAGAAACAGAUUUUGUAUUAGUUUCAUGUACAGGAUUGGGAGUAGAACCUGCUAGGAGGGAGCAGGUUCUGAAAGCCAAGAGGGCUGGAGAAGAAUCAUUGAGAAGGUCAGGCCUUGGAUAUACAAUAAUCCGUCCUGGUCCCUUAAUGGAAGAACCUGGUGGCCAGCGUGCUCUUGUAUUUGACCAAGGAAACAGAAUAUCCCAGGCUAUCAGCUGUGCUGACGUGGCAGAUAUCUGUGUGAAGGCGUUGCAUGACUCAACAGCCCGGAACAAAAGUUUCGAUGUAUGUCAUGAAUAUGUGUCUGAAUCUGGGAAGGAGCUUUAUGAGCUGGAUGGGCCUCAUAAGUAUUUAAGUACUACAGUAUUUGAAAAUUGCUCCAUUGAAGUGCUGAGAGAUUUUUACAUGGAUAAUGAUUUCCGGAAAACAUGGGAUAAAACCUUAGCAAUGCAUGGUCAGUUACAAGUGGACAAAGACAGUGGGACUGAAAUUGGCUGGAUGGUAAAGAAGUUCCCCCUCAUGACUCCUAGAGAGUACGUAUUAGCUUGGAAAAUCUGGGAAGGCAGUGAUGGAUCAUUCUACUGUUUUUGCAAGGAGUGUGAACAUCCUCUAGUCCAUAGACAGAAGAAGUAUGUGCGGGUUGCACUAUACAGAUCUGGCUGGAGAAUCAAGGCAGGCAGAAACUCACUUUCCAUGGAAUCUCAAUUCUCGCCCAUGGAAUUGGAUUCCCUCAUUUAUAUUGAAACUAAGGUUUCUGGUACGAACAAUGCCUGUGAGAUCAAAAUGGUUUACCAAGAAGAUUCUGGCAUGAAUGUUGAAAUGGCAAAGCUGGUUUUUGCAAAGGGCAUAUGGAGUUAUAUUUGCAAGAUGCACACUGCACUUCGCAAAUACUCAACAGUAGACCGUUCUCGACUAACUUCAGGCGCGAGUGCAGUCACUUUAAUUCAGAAGGUCCCAACCGAAUUGGAAGCUAAUAGCAGCACAGCCAACACAAUUCAAGCAGGAACCUCCACAAGUAGGGACCACCUCCAUCCCGUAUUGCCACCCCAUGAAACCUUCACAAAGAAGGUGACAAUUUCUGCCCUCAAUGUGCUGUACCAGAGCUUGGAUUCUUCAUCCAGAGAAAACCUAGAUGCGUGGACGUCAAAUGGUGGAGAUCCUUGUGGGGAUUCUUGGAAGGGUAUCUCGUGUUCAGGCUCAGACGUAACUGAAAUUGAUUUAUCUGAGAUGGAUCUAUCUGGAUCACUGGGCUAUGCCCUUGAUAAGAUGGACAAAGUCACCUACUUAGACCUUUCAAGCAAUAAAUUUACAGGAAGUGUGCCUUAUUCAAUUUCUCAGAUGUCUGACCUCACUUACUUGGAUCUUUCCUUCAAUUCAUUGUCUGGUGCUUUGCCGCAGAGCUUCAAGUCCCUCUCAAGCCUCAACGUAUUGUUGUUACAGAACAACAAAUUUACCGGGUCAAUAAAUGUUCUUGCUGAACUCCCUCUUCAAGAUCUGACCGGAGGCAAUUCUUGGUCUUCUGGACCAGCUCCUCCACCACCUCCUGGGCAGAAACUAGACAAGGAAUCAAAGGAGAAGGAGAGAUCUGGCUUGAGUGGAAUGGCAGUUGCCGGGAUAAUUAUGGGUGUUUUGCUGUUUAUUAGCAUUAUAAUUGCUCUAUUUUCUAAAAGAUCUUCACCAACUUCCAUACAUUAUUUUGAAGAUGAUAAGCUUAGCCAACACGGGCCAAUUUCUCCACUUUCAUCUCAGGAAUCAUCCAUUAACAUGUUCCCUGAUAUGCACAAGGGAUUCAGAGAAAUUAGAUCUUCAAAUGCUUCAUCCACGAUCUCAGUAAAAACUUCACAAACGUCUGCUUCAAUGGGCCGUAAGCCUUCAGAUCACCUCAAGUCUUUCAACGGCAAGGAGUUGCCUGACCUUUUGAAUGUUGAAAUAGGUGGUUCAGUUCAGGCCACAUAUUAUUCUUUGGCCGAUUUGCAAAGUGUCACCGGAAAUUUUGCAAGUGGCCGUCUUCUUGGGGAGGGAUCAAUUGGUAGAGUAUACAGGGCAAAGUUUCGAGACGGGAGGGUUCUGGCAGUAAAGAAGAUAGACUCAUCUCAUUUUAGAGGUGGUAGGGGUGCAGAUUUCUCAGAAAUAGUUGCAAACAUCUCCAAGCUUCACCAUCCAAAUAUUGCUGAAACUGUUGGUUACUGCUCAGAACAGGGACAAAACAUGUUGCUCUAUGACUAUUUUAGGAAUGGUUCGCUUCACGAAUUCCUACACUUGUCGGAUGACUUCAGCAAACCACUUACCUGGAACACAAGAGUCAGAAUUGCUUUAGGCACAGCUCGUGCUGUCGAGUUUCUGCAUGAGGUUUGCUCACCUCCCUGCAUUCACAAGGGCAUAAAGUCGUCAAAUAUUUUGCUUGACACUGAACUAAAUCCUCAUCUCUCUGAAUGUGGCAUGGAAACCCUGUAUGAGGUAUACUCCGGGAAGCGGAUAAGGAAAGAAGUAUUAAUUGACACGUGGCCAACCCGCAGGCAACGUUUGGUUCACGGCGCGGUCGUUCCGAUCGCCGGCGAUCAGCGAGUGCUCGGUAGGAAUUUGAUCCAUUCAAAGGUGUUGAUUGUUGAGGAAAUGAGUAGUGCUUUAACUGCUGCAGUCUUCAGCUGCAACAAUCAUCAAACAUGGAUAUCAUAUCCCGCUUCUUUUGAUUCCUCGUCCACCGGAACAAUCCGUUUCCCGGCGGCUAAAUUGAGCAGGUUUGUUGUAGUUUCUAGGGCAACUGAUUCUUCUUCUACUCCGGACGGGGAUGGGAAGGAGGAGAAGAAGAGGUGGAAGAGGAGGAGGAGGAGGAAGAAGAAGAUUGCAAUCGAGGAGGGUGAGAAUGAGAAUGAAGUUGUCAGUGUUAGCAGCGAGGAUCAAUCGCCGUCUUCUCCUUCAGUUUCCGUCAUACGGAGGCUCGACGAUGUCAAUCCGGUGGGGUUAGGGCGUCGGUCGCGCCAAAUUUUCGACGAGGUGUGGCGGAAAUUCUCCGGAUUAGGUCAGACUCCGUCGCCUAGUAUUCUAGCAGGAGAGGAUGGGCCGAUCAGCAAAUUCGCCAUUCCAUUGGCUCAGAACACCACCGUCCUUGUUGUCGGGGCCACCAGCCGCGUCGGCCGGAUCGUGGUCCGGAAGCUCAUGCUCAGGGGCUACAGAGUCAAGGCUCUGGUGAGGAAAGCAGAUGAAGUUGUGAAGGAAAUGCUUCCGAGGUCUGUGGAGGUUGUAGUUGGGGAUGUGGGCGAUCCUUCCGCUCUCAUGAAUGCCGUCCAAGGCUGCAAUAAAAUCAUCUAUUGUGCAACUGCUCGAUCCACCAUCACAGCGGAUCUCAAUAGAGUUGAUUGUCAGGGGGUGUACAACCUUACCAAAGCUCUCCAGGACUAUAAUCACAAGCUUGCACAACUGCGGGCAGGGAAAAGCAGCAAAAGCAAGCUUUUAAUCACAAAAUUCAAGUCCAAAAAUUCAUUGAAUGGGUGGGAAGUACGCGCGGGGACAUAUUUCAAAGAUGCAGUUGCUACUAAAUAUGAUGGAGGGAUGGAUGCAAAAUUCGAGUUUACUGACACAGGAGAAGCUGUUUUUUCAGGGUAUGUUUUUACAAGAGGAGGGUAUGUUGAAUUGUCAAAAAGGCUUUCACUUCCUUUGGGGUACACACUUGACAGGUAUGAGGGCCUAGUGCUCUCUGUUGGCGGGAAUGGGCGGCCGUACAUUUUAAUUCUUGAAGCUGGUCCUUCAGCAGAUACAACUCAAAGCAAAAUCUAUUUUACAAGAAUCAACACAAAAGCAGGGUUUUGCAGGGUGAGAGUUCCAUUUUCUUCCUUCCGUCCUCUGAAACCAGAUGAUCCACCAUUGGAUCCAUUCCUUGUACAUACAUUAACUAUUCGUUUUGAGCCAAAAAAGCAGAGACAACAUGAAGGAUCUAAUGUGGCGAAACAAGACUUGAGAUGCUUUCAAUUAAUUUUGGAAUAUAUUAAGGCUUUGCCUAGUGGACAAGAAACAGAUUUUGUAUUAGUUUCAUGUACAGGAUUGGGAGUAGAACCUGCUAGGAGGGAGCAGGUUCUGAAAGCCAAGAGGGCUGGAGAAGAAUCAUUGAGAAGGUCAGGCCUUGGAUAUACAAUAAUUCGUCCUGGUCCCUUAAUGGAAGAACCUGGUGGCCAGCGUGCUCUUGUAUUUGACCAAGGAAACAGAAUAUCCCAGGCUAUCAGCUGUGCUGACGUGGCAGAUAUCUGUGUGAAGGCGUUGCAUGACUCAACAGCCCAGAAUAAAAGUUUCGAUGUAUGUUAUGAAUAUGUGUCUGAAUCUGGGAAGGAGCUUUAUGAGCUGGUUGCACAUUUACCUGAUAUAGCUAACAACUACUUAACUCCAGCACUCUCAGUCCUUGAGAAAAACACCUGAUUAUUUGAACAUUUCUCUUCCACGAAAAGUUUUUCAACUACAUCCCCCGCCCGGAGCUAGAGGGCAGCCAACCGGGGUUCUACCCACUAUUUUGUUGCACUGAUUUUUCAAACAUUGGAAAAUUUGACGUUUCCUCAUUCGUUACCCGUCCCCAUGUCAGUGCUGAACUUAGCUGCCCAGCCAAGUUUCACAAGAAAACUACUUUUUAUCGCGGUGAAAAAGUUUUACUGCUUGUACAAAAAGUACUGGUAUAUGAAUGAAUUGUUUCCUCGCCCCACCAUAGAUUUGAAUUUUUUGAAAUUGUGCAUAUACUGUCGUUGCAGUAUUCUUCACAUGGUGUGCCGUGUGCAUAGACACAACGUUUGUCCCAGUUUGCACUUGAAAAGCAAUAACCUUUAAGAAAAAUUAAUCCCAGUU